GGUAAAAAACAAUGCAAAUCUAACCAAGUGCGGCUGUAGCUGAAGUUGAAUGAUUGGACACAGGCGUCACAAUAAAGAGAAAAAUGCAGAUUCCUCAAGAUUUUUGUGUGCUGUGGGGCUAAGUUUGUCAGGCAUUAAAUCUAUUGUAAAUUUGUAGAAAGAGGAGAAAUCGCCUAAUGAAAAUUCCGUGGGCUCUUUUACAAUGCCGCUGACUCAUAGAAAAGUGGGUUCGAAACAAAAACUCGCACAAAGAAUCUACUGGCUUUGUUUAAAGACAUGCCUUUACUCACGCGUUUUCGUACAAAUGCCUUGACCGUUCUAUCCCAGCCCUACCUCUUCCGUGAAUUAUUUUCCCGCAUUUGCUCACGAUUCCACAUUAUUCACUCAAUCUUAUCUCAUCUCUGUUUCUUUCUUUUGCAUUUUCUUCGAUUUGCCCUUCUGAUCAGUUAUCUGACAAUAUCCUAGCCCGCUUCCAUUUUUAAAUCUUGUUUGUUUCACUUCCAGUUCCAUUUGAUUCCAAUGGCAACAGUUAAGCAGCUAAGCUAUGCUUUUGGGGAAAUUGCACCUCCAUCUAAAUCUGCGCCAAAGAAGGUGCCCUUCGAAGUAUUCAUUAAUCAUCGUGGUACUGAUACCAAACACACGCUGGCCUCUUCUAUUUACGACAUCCUGCAGGGCAUGGGAGUUCAAGUUUUUCUGGAUAAAGAGGUGUUUGAACUGGGCGAUAACAUACCGUUUGAAAUAGAAGAGGCCAUGCGUACUUCUCUCCUCCAUAUUGCCAUACUUUCACCCAACUAUGCACAAUCUCCCUGGUGCUUGGCCGAGCUGUCAUUUAUGCUCAAAACCGGCAGCACAGUCAUUCCUGUGUUCUACAAUGUUGACCCCAGUGAUGCCCGCUACCUGAAAAGAUCUUUUGCUGUUGCAUUUGACGAGCACGAAAGUAAGAAGAGAUAUACCCCAGAAAAGCUCAAGGAUUGGAAAGAGGCACUCCACAACGUUUCAUUCCAUUCUGGUGAAAUCCUGCAGGGGAAUGAUGAUGAAAAAAGGUUGUUGAAAAGUAUUGUAAAUUCUGUGAUGAAGCACAUGAGAAAGGCAGUGAAAUUGGAGGUUGCCAAACAUCCAGUGGGUCUUGAUGAGACAAUACAUGACUUUGAAAGAAGUGCACUUGAUUUUUCUCAAAAAGUACAAAUUGUGGGGAUUGUUGGCAUGGGAGGCUCUGGGAAAACAACACUUGCAACAGAAAUAUAUAACAGGAAAAGUUCCUCCAUAAAUAAAUGCAGUUGUAUUUUUGAAGUCCGAGAUGCAGCAUACAAAAAUGAUUUACAUAACAAGCAAAAAAAGCUUAUGCAAGACAUUGGUUUCAGUGCAUUACAAUUUGAUAAUGUACAAGAAGGGAAGGCAAUACUUAAAAAUCGUUUGAGAUCUUUUCAGGUUCUUAUUAUUUUGGAUGAUGUAGAUCAUGCAGAACAGUUAGAUGCUCUAUUGCCAGAAAUUCACAACUUUGAGCCAGGUAGUUUAAUCAUUGUCACAAGUCGUGAAUUGGGUGUUCUCAAAUCAUGGGGAGUCUCCUCCAUUUACCAAAUGAAAGGAUUAAAUCCUAAACAUGCUAGAGAGCUUUUAUGUUGGCAUGCUUUUCUACAGUCUUCUCCUCCAAAUGAAUUUCAAAGUCUUGUUGAAGAGUUCGUAAAAAUUUGCAACAGAUUACCCUUAUCUCUUAAGAUAUUUGGAGGACUGCUUUAUGGAAAGCCCAAGGACUACUGGGAUUCUCAAUUGAAUAAGGCUUCAAGAUUAUUGCCCAAUGACAUUAAGGAGAGCCUUAAAAUAAGCUUUGAUGCAUUAGAUGAGGAGGAACAGGAGAUAUUCUUAGAUAUAGCUUCUUUUUUCAUAGGAGAAGAAAAAAGUAUGGCUAUUGCAGUGUGGGAUGGAUCCAGAUGGAAUGGGGAACAUAGUUGGGAAGUACUUGAGAAUAAGUGUCUGGUUGAGGUUGAUAAGAGUAACCGGAUCAAAAUGCAUGAUCAACUUAGGGAUCUUGGAAAAGACAUUGCAAAGGGGAGGUCACCCUACCGUGUUUGGUCAACACAGCAAAUCAUCGACAUGCAGAAUCAGUCGACGGAAAGAGUGCCGAUUCGGGGGAUUAAAGCGGCAACGGAUGAUUUCUAUGAAGAAUCCCAUUAUGGUACACCUUUUGAGGAGUGCAUGGAGCUUGUAAGAGGCUCUACUAGAAGGUUUAAGCGCCUUGCACCUUCUAUCCUUGUUGUCAAGGAGAAUUAUUUUACAGAAGAAUUAGCAACAAUAUCACCGGGCCUUGUCUGGCUGCGAUGGAUCAUGUUUAGUCAGAGAGCUCUUCCGUUGUGGCUUUCAUUGAAGAAUUUAAGAGUUUUAGAGCUUCCAGAUGCUGAACACAUAGAAGAAUUGUGGAGUGACUCUGCCGAUCUUCCUUUGGAGUUAAGAGAGCUGAAUCUUGUAGAUGCCCCAAGUUUCCUCAGAUUUCCAAGGUCAAUAAGAUGUCUAAAACAUUUAAAAAAGAUAUCCUUGACCGGGAAUAUGUAUGACUCUAUCGACCGUCUUCCUGAAGGGUUUUAUCUUCUCCAAUCGUUGGAGCAUAUUCAGCUAAGGGCAUGUGUUAAGCUGACCUCACUGCCCAGUAACUUUGGCCUUUUGACAAACUUGCGACAUCUAGAUUUGAGUUAUUGCAGGGAGCUAAGGAUGCUGCCUGAAUCUUUUAAGCAGCUCAUACAUCUACAGUAUAUCAAUUUCUAUUGUUGCAAGCAGCUCACCUUAACGUCAGAGAACAAUUUCAUUCUGGAAAAUAUGAUAAUGCUGGAGACUCUGAUUUUUUCAGGAUGUACAAAAUUGCAGGAGUUACCUCUGCAUAUCACAAAUCAGUUGUCGCUCAGACAUUUGUAUGUGGAAGGCACCAGAUUAAGGGAGAUACCAAGUAACAUUGGUCGACUGAGCAAAUUGGAAGUGCUGAAAAUAGGGAGUGAGUUGUUGACAAGCUUGCCACCUUCUAUCGGGAAUCUGUCCUCCCUGUCUAGGCUUGAAAUUUUAUAUUGUGAGGAGUUGGAAACUUUACCCGAGUCUAUAGGAAAUUUGGCUUCGUUAACCUGGAUCAAAAUUUUUUCAUGUAAAAAGUUAAAAUCUUUACCCGAGUCUGUGGGUCGUUUGUCGUCUUUGAUUAAUCUUAUCAUUUAUCACUGUGGGGAGUUAGAAAGUUUACCCGAGUCUAUUGGAGAUUUGUCUUCUUUAACAAAGCUUGAAGUUUACUAUUCUAAAAAUUUAAAUUUUUUACCUGAGUCUAUAGGUCAAUUAUCUUCUCUGACUAGUCUUUGCCUUUGUAAUUGUGGUAAAUUAGAAAAUUUACCUGAAUCUAUUAGAAAUUUGUCCCAUUUGACUAAUAUUCAGAUUUCAGAGUGUAAAAAGAUAAAAUCUUUACCUGAAUCUAUAGGCUUUUUGUCUUCCUUAACUAGCCUUAACAUUUCUCAAUCUGAAGAGUUAGAAGCUUUACCUGAAUCAAUUGGAAAUUUGUCUCGCUUGAGUAAUAUUCAAAUUAAAGAGUGUAAAAUUUUAAGAUAUUUACCCGAAUCUGUGGGUCAGUUGUCCUCCUUAACCAAUCUUGACAUUUUGAAAUGUGAGGAGUUAGAAACUUUACCCGAGUCUAUUGGGAAAUUGUUCCGUUUAACUAAUCUUAAGAUUUUGCUGUUGAAAAAGUUAAGAUUUUUACCCGAGUCUAUAGGUCUUUUGCCCUCUUUAACUAAUCUUAGCAUUUCCAAAUGUGAGAAGUUAGAAAGUUUACCUGAAUCGAUUGGAAAUUUGUCUUGUUUAAUUCAUCUUGAAAUUUUGUUCUGCAAAAAAUUAAAAUCUUUACCUCAGUCUAUUGGUCAUUUGUCCUCCUUAACUGAUUUAAAAAUUUAUUUAUGUGAGAAAUUGGAAUCUUUACCUAAGUCCAUAUGGAAUUUGUCCUCCCUGACUCAUCUGUCUAUUUGUUUGUGUAAGAAGUUGGGAUCUUUACCUGAACCUGUGGGAAGCCUUUAUCAGUUAGAAGAACUGAGCAUAAAGUCUACUCUAGAGAAGUAUCUUCCAAAAAAAAGUGAGCAGCUUGGCAAGCUUCAAAGUUUGAUUAUUGAGAGCUGCCCAAUCACAGAAUUGGCUUUCCUGUCGGGGCCCUUUUCCUCUUCGUUCUGCAACCUCAAGUCAAUACAUUUAAUAUACACUUCUUUGUCGAGGAUUUCAAUCUCUCAACAAUGUUGCCCCAGCCUGGAAACUCUAAACCUUUUGUGUAAUAACAAGUUAGUAGAGAUUGAAACCUUGCCAAUAUCAAUAAAGGCCAUAAAGUUGAGCAAAUGUAAAAUGCUAAAGGGCAUUGGUGUUAUUUGUGACAUGGCAAACCUUGAGACACUGUCUAUACAGAACAGUGGGGAUAAGUUAGAGGAGCUUCCAAGUUUUGCAGAUCUAUUCUCGCUUAAAGAAUUUGAAAUCAUAGAAACUGCUGUUCAGCUUAAGCAAAUUGAAGGCUUGGAAAAUUGCAGAUCAUUGGAGAGGUUGAGAGUACUAACUUGCUGCAGCGUGCCAGUCAUUAAAAAUUUGGAGCAAUUGGAGAGACUGCAGAGACUAGAGCUCUCAGCAGAAUGCAACAUAUCAGCAAUCGAGCCUUGCCUUCAAACUAUAAAGAAAUGGCCAUAUGAAUGUGUAAUAUGCGCAAGGACAGAGCAUGCUGUGGAAUCAGUUGUGAAUUCCUUUGCCUUUCCUGGUCUCACUUUGGUUGAUUCAUGCAUGGAGGAGAUUGGUAGUAAUAAAUACAGAAGUAUGUUGAGGUUAAGAUGCAGGCAGAGGCGUUCUUCCAGCACGGCAGUGAUGGUGUGUUUUGCCAUAAAUUCUUCUUCAGCAAAUACGUUUCUAACCUUGGAGAAGAAAAAUAGACUUCGGAUAAAUGAUAGCUCCAACAUGAAAAUGGAAUUCGGUGAAAUGAAAGAGGGGAAGUGGGUUUUCUUAGCUGUUUUCACACAACCUUCCGACUGGCUUAUGGCAGAGGAAUACCAACUGAUCAAAGAGUGCCGGGGCUUCCGAGCCGAGUCGAGCUCCGUUGAUGAUAAAGUGAGGGGAAUGUUAGUGAUGGGCGAGCAAGACAAUGUUGUGGAGGGUUUUAAAAAAUUACUGCUAUAUUUUGGGGAUGUGAAUGGAGAGCACAGCUAAGCAAAUGGAGGAUAAAGUGAGGGAUCUGUUAGUGAUAAAUAAGCAAGAGAGAUUUGUGGAGGCUUUUAACAAGUUACUGUAAUUUUUGGGUAUGUAAGGCUGGGGUCCCUGGGAGGGGAUUGGGUUCUAUUUUUUUUGGUGCUAUGGGAUUAUUUGGAAUCUUUUUUAAAAAACUAGCAGCCCCUACCUUUUAGGCAUGCAAAUUUGAGCUGGUGCAAAAGGGGUGGGGCUAGAAAUUGCCCCACCAGCUUAGGGAUGUUAUCUGUCACUUGUCAAAAAUUUAAAUUUAAGUUCUAUUAAAAAAUAGUUUUGGAGGGAAA